CUCCUUCCGUUGCACUGCAACCGUGCGUAUGCCGAAAGCCCUACGUCUCGUGAUAUUUCAAAUGACCUGAUCCAAUCCAAAUGCUGACGUCCUGAACCUACAACGCGACCGGAAAUCGCUUUGAUAUCAAUCCGCCACUCAGCCUGAUACGUUUGAGAAAUAUGAAACUGCCCACCGCUCUUGUUCUCUUCGGCAUGGCUUCGGCUACUUCAGCUUACUCACCAGGCCAUCACCGUCGAUCACAGGCUGAAGCCUCAGGAACUGCAACUUGUACCACUGCGCUGAUAGAAAAUGCCAAGCCGGACAUCACAUCACCCUGCACAGUAUACGACGUGCUCGCCACACUAACGAGCUACGUUGAUUGCAAAGGCUGCGAGCUGAAUAUCAUUCCGUUAGCCCCAGGGCCGGUGAGGCUAUGUAGUGAGACCGUCACGGUUUCGACAAAGACAGAAACUGUGACAUUGUGCUCACCAACAAUCACGUGAGGUGGGCCAGAAACUUCAGCGUCCACAACACCUUGGUCGUUGAGAGGCUUGCUGGAUAGUGUCGAGAAAUCAACCCCACUCUUUUCAUGGCACUUGAUUAAAAAUUUCAGGUCUUUACGCACUUCUUGAAGGUGGAUGAUUUAAGCUAGGCUCCAAGUCGGAUGAAUCUAUAGCAGUAGCUUGUGAGGAGUCGUCCAAGAUUCGGCCUCCUCGGAGCGUGUUCCAAAUAUGGCUAGAGCUUCAUCCCCUUUAUUUCAUUCACUUCUACAGAGGUACAACGUCGUCAAUUCUGCAUAACCUACAGUCUAUUUUGAAGAUGUACAGCUCAGAACCAUACAGAAUAAUGUAAAUUGCUCUUUUUUGGGACCACACGGACGUUUCCGAGAGUUUUUAAUCAACUCAGCGUCCUACCACGCACAUGGUAAAACAAUCAUCAAUGGGCAAGCAAAAUAAGACCAUUCGUUAUGCGAGUAUGUCUCUCCUUGCCAAAUGACAAGAAUGCCCAUGAUCUAAGAAUGUGGAGGCCCAAACGAACGUCGGGUUAUUACUCGAGAAGAUCUGGGUUAUUAUCGUACCCUCUACGUUGGCGGAAUCUACCAUGCACACGAGACGACUCAAGAUUUGACCUUGGCAACAACUUUUCUUCCUGGCUUGCGGAGAUGCCUAAAGGACCACCCUCCUCUCAGCGUAGUUGUAGAGAGACCUGAGACCGAGAAGCCGUACUACUCGUCGUGCUCCGUCUCCGAUCUGUCAAUGCACAUAGAUAUCCUACCGACUGUGGACGAUCUUGCAGACCUGGUUGCCGUUGAAGCAGCUUCACCCACUAUUUUGGACGCCAAAAUAGCACGAGAUAGACCCCCUUGGAAGAUUGUUGUUCUGCCUCUUAAAAUGACAGAUGAGGGGCGUCCAUCCCGCUGCUUCGUUGCUUUUGCUUACUCCCAUGCACUGGGGGAUGGCUUAUCCGGCCUGGCAUUCCACAAGAGUUUUCUAGCUGGUCUACGGGACCCGACAGCAGCAAUGUACCACAAACCCGCCAAAGGUGCUAUGCCGGCCCCUUUUGACACGAAGAAGAACCUGCCUAUUUCAAUGUCGUACCUCCUUGCCCCAGCCCUUGGGGCAUAUCUACCGAAGCACUUCGGGAAGUUGUUUGGGCUCCGUGCUGCAGUGAGCACGAUUUCGCAGUCGACCUGGCUCGGAAGUGACAAGGUUUUCCUCAGCGAGAAUCAUCGCUCGGGUGUCAAGAUUGUGCGGAUCGACGGCACAACAUUGUCACAUCUGCUCAACAGGUGUCGAAAACACGAAACGAAGCUCACGAGCCUUCUGCAUCAAGUUGUCGUCCGCGCUUUGAGUGCUUCCAUGCGAUCAGAUAACGGAAUCGACACAUUCACGUCGGGUACGGCCAUCAACAUGCGUCACCACGUUGGAGUCUCCAACGACAGCAUGGGUCUUUACGUGAGUGGGUUUUUCGACACCCAUCGCAGGACGACGGACCCGAGCACAACUUGGGCCUUGGCGCGCGAAAUGAACGUCAGGCUCCAUGAAUGUUCGUCUCGACGAAACGACCAAUCCAUAGGCUUGCUAAGGUUUCUUCCAAGCAUGCGCUCUUGGACGGCCGGCCAUAUCGGGGGAAAACGAGACACUUCGUAUGAGGUCAGUAACCUUCUGGCGUUCGACCCUGACCCAGAAGCGAGGUCAACGGACGGAGCGAGAUGGUCCCUAGGUAACAUGGUAUUCGCCCAGCCUGCCAAUGUCACAGGUGGGGCACUAUGCUUCAAUGUUGUGGCAAGGAAAGGUCAGGACCUCGUCUGCGUGAUUUCGUGGCAGAUUGGCGCGUUAGGGGUGGGCGAUGAGAGUGAAGAGCGAAAAUUUGUGGACAGCGUUCGCACUAAGUUUAUUGACUUCAUCAAUGAUCUUGUACGAGAAUCUUUCGAAUGAGCCGAGCUGCCUUUAUACCCACACCUAGGCUAGUUCCAACAUUGCUAGAAUGUAAUGAUAAUAUAGAACACAUAGCAGCCGCCCUAUGGGUUGCCAGCUCUUUUUGCAUAAGGCUCGAAGUAGGAUCUGCCUUUACUUAAAAACUAUGUAUAAUACAUAUUCGAUACAAAAUGGCUCCAUAAACCA